AUGACAACAAAUCCAGGUUCAACUGUUGGCAUGUCUGGAAGUUAUAAUGAAAAUUCUGAUCCUCAACUUGCUAUUAUUAAUUUAAUGAUACCUUAUAUGCAUUCUGGUAUUGAUGAGUUAGAUAUUUCAUCUUCAUCUUCACCUAUGGUUAUUACUGAUUUUGGUGCAUCUCAUGGGAAAAAUUCAAUAAAAGCUAUGAAAAUAUUUCUUGAAUAUCUUAAACAAACAAAUAAACUUGUUGCAUCGCCACUUAUUGUUCACAAUGAUCUACCAACAAAUGAUUGGACAACACUUUUUCAACUUCUUUCAGAAGAUAAAUCAUAUCAAGGUGUGGCUAAUGGUUGUUCAUUUUAUGAACGAUGUCUUCCAUCAAAUAGUCUUUCAUUAGGCUUUACAGCUUCUUCAAUGCAUUGGUUAUCAAAAACACCUUGUAAUAUUCGCAAUCAUUGUUUUCAUACAUAUGCUGAAGAGGAUGAACGUCAAGCAUAUGGAAAUCAAUCAAAACUUGAUUUUAAUUCAUUUAUAGAACAUCGUUCUCAAGAACUUGUGCCUGGUGGUGUUCUUGUUCUUAGUAUUCCGAGUGUUGAUGAUCUAGGAAAAGAAAGUACUGGCAAUUAUUUCGAUCUUUUGUAUAUGUGUGGACAAAUGUUAUUCAAUGAACAAGAAUUAUUGUAUUUGACAAUUCCUAUAUAUCUUCGUUCAUUAUCUGAAUGCAUCGAUCCGAAAUUAUUCGAACGAUGUUCAUUAAAAUUGAUUAAAGCUGAAUUAAGUCAUUUGAAACUGCCUAUACUUGAACUGUAUCAUAAUGGUCAAUUGACAUUUGAUCAAUUGGUAAAAAUAUUUACAAAAGUAUUUCAAAGUACUAUGGAUCCCUUACUUAAACUAGUAUUGGAAAAGAAUGGACGUUCAAAAGAAGAAAUUAAUGAAUUAUUAAAAGAUUUUUGGGUUAUUUACGAAGACAAGUUAAAAGAAAGGCCAGAUCUAGUUACUAAUCGUAAUCAAUAUGUAUGUGCCUGCUUGAUAUUAACAAAGAUAUAA